AUGGAGAGAGCCACAGACGAGACAUUUCCGCCACAGAAGCGGCCUCGGACUGGUGGGCUACAAGGGGAAACGGAGCGCACUGGGCCGUCUUCCCAGGGCUCGUCCUUCAAUAGAUACGGCACUGGGGAUCAAUUCAAUGCUCCCGAGGGCAAACUGAACAUCAGCAAAGGCCCCGGCAAUCAAUUCCCUGGAGCCAACUUUCAUGGGCCUAUAUAUUUUGGCGCAAAGGAACACUUCGAUCCGUUACGAGAUUGCUUAAGAUCACUGGCUUUUCCAGGCGUGGACGGCAGACCUAAGCGCAGACUCAACGAGCAUUCUCUCUGUGCCACUGAUGGUAGACUCAAGAGGCGCCGUUAUGAAGAUCCUGGCAACCAAAGUUUGCAAACCUUCCCUGAUGGAGUUCAAGCCACACCAAGAUCACUGGAUGAAAACAAGAAAAGAGUGCUGCUGGACUCAUUGCGAUUCGACCAAAUCGAUGCUCGCCACGAUACCAUCAAGAAAGCACAUGACAAGACAUGUAAAUGGCUGCUGGAAAAAUCCGAGUAUCUCGACUGGCUUGAUCCCGGCAAGCUCGUUGAACAUCACGGCUUCUUGUGGAUCAAAGGGAAGCCAGGGGCCGGGAAGUCGACAUUAAUGAAGUUCGUUCUCGGCGACGCUCGGAGGAAGAAGGGCAAGAUGAAGCACAACAUCAUCAUCUCUUUCUUUUUCAAUGGGCGAGGAGAUGACCUGGAGAAGUCUACGAUUGGGAUGUAUCGAUCACUGUUGUUGCAGCUUCUCGAACGACUUCCAGAACUUCAGGCCGUCUUCGAUUCUCUUGGAUUCGCAUCAUGGAAUAGUGCCCCCCAGCAAUGGAACGUCGAGUCACUAAAAGAACUCUUUGAACAAGCUGUGCUGGGUCUUGAAAAGUCUACACUGGUGUGUUUCAUUGAUGCUUUAGAUGAGUGCGACGAGCCUCAGAUCCGGGACAUGAUAUCGUUUUUCGAACACGUGGGCAAAUUGACCACGUCAGCCGGCAUUGCAUUCCAAGUCUGCUUUUCAAGCAGGCACUACCCCCAUAUCACAAUUUCGAAAGGGCUCAACCUGGUUCUCGAAGGACAAGAGGGACAUAGCCAGGAUAUAGUCAGCUACCUAGACAGCGAGCUGAAGAUUGGACACAGUAAGCUCGCCGAGCAGAUCCGCGUCGAUCUCAAAGAAAAGGCAUCUGGGGUCUUCAUGUGGGUUGUUCUGGUGGUAGGGAUUCUGCAACGGGAGUAUGACCAUGGCCGCAAGCAUACGCUUCGACAAAGACUCCAAGACAUCCCCGGGGACCUGCAUGAGCUAUUCCGCGAUAUUUUGACACGCGAUCACCACAAAAGAGGUGAACUACUUCUGUGUAUUCAAUGGGUGCUCUUCGCAAGGCAGCCGUUGAAGCCGGAGCAGUUGUACUUUGCUGUCCUCUCCGGCGUUGAACCCGAGGCCCUGUCCGUGUGGAAUCCGGAUGAAAUCACAGCACUCGAUAUCGAAAGAUUUAUCCUCAGUUCCUCCAAAGGCCUCACCGAAGUCACAAGGUCCAAAAACUCGACGGUUCAAUUCAUUCACGAGUCAGUCAGGGACUUUCUUCUCAAAGAAAAUGGACUCAAGGAAAUUUGGUCCGACUUCGGAAGGAACUUCCAAGGACAAAGCCACGAGCGACUAAAGCAGUGUUGUCUCCGCUACAUGAGUAUCGGCAUCGCUGUUCUGAACAUUGGCAAUUCACUUCCGAAAGCAUCGUCCCAGCAAGCUGCAGAAGCCCGCCAAUCGGCAAACAAAGAGUUUCCGUUCCUAGAGUACGCUGUACGGAAUGUCCUGUACCAUGCAGAUGCAGCAGAAGGCGGCGGCGUCAGCCAGAGGAGUUUUCUUAAGACCUUUCAGCUUGCCGACUGGAUCAAGCACGACAACCUAUUUGAGAAACACGACGUACGCCGACACACUCCUAAAGCAAGUUUUUUAUAUCUAUUGGCGGAGCACAAUAUGGGGAAUCUCAUUAGCCGUCACCCAGACAAGCUAUCCUGCUUUGAAGUGGAAGAUGAGCGUUAUGGCCCGCCAAUUUUUGCCGCGCUGGCUACUAACAGUCGUGAAGCGGUCUGCACACUUUUAAAAGCCCAGGUAGAAACCGAGCCCCUAGCGUCUCCACUUCAAGGCCGGUGGGAACGAUAUUACCAGGAUGGAAAUAAACGAGUUGAUAUUGGACGCGACUUCAAGUUUUCACGACGACGAAGUUUCCUCUCAUAUCUAGCAGAGGGUGGUGACGAGAUUAUCCUUGCUUUUGUCCUCGCAUCGGGCAAGCCUAGUGCCGCCAUCGAGGCGGUCGACAAGGAUGGCCGGACGCCGCUGUUGUUGGCCGCCGAGAAGGGGCACGAGGCCGUCGUGCGGCUGCUCCUCGACCGGGGCGCCCACACCGAGGCGGCGUACAAUGACAGCCGGACGCCGCUGUCGCAGGCCGCCGAGAACGGGCGCGAGGCCGUCGUGCGGCUGCUCCUCGACAGGGGCGCCCACAUCGAGGCGGUGGACAAUUACGGCCGGACGCCGCUGUGGUGGGCCGCCGCGGAAGGGCAUGAGGCCAUCGUGCGGCUGCUCCUCGACAGGGGCGCCCACAUCGAGGCGCCGGACAAUUACGGCCGGACGCCGCUGUCGAGGGCCGCCGAGAAGGGGCGCGAGAUCGUCGUGCGGCUGCUCCUCGACCGGGACGCCCGCAUCGAGGCGACGGACAAUGGCGGCUGGACGCCGCUGUGGUGGGCCGCCGCGGAAGGGCAUGAGGCCAUCGUGCGGCUGCUCCUCGACAGGGGCGCCCACAUCGAGGCGCCGGACAAUUACGGCCGGACGCCGCUGUCGAGGGCCGCCGAGAAGGGGCGCGAGAUCGUCGUGCGGCUGCUCCUCGACCGGGACGCCCGCAUCGAGGCGACGGACAAUGGCGGCUGGACGCCGCUGUGGUGGGCCGCCGAGAGAGGGCAUGAGGCCGUCGUGCGGCUGCUCCUCGACCGCAGCGCCCACAUCGAGGCGGCGGACAGGGGAGGCCAGACGCUGCUGUCGAGGGCCGCCGAGAAGGGGCAUGAGGCCAUUGUGCGGCUGCUCCUCGAGCGGGGUGCCCACACCGAGGCGGCGGAUAAGAUGUGGGGCCGGACGCCGCUGUUAUGGGCCACCGAGAACGGGCACGAGGCCGUCGUGCGACUGCUCCUCGACCGAGGCGCCCACAUCGAGGCGCCGGACAUGUGGGGCCGGACGCCGCUAUCGUAUGCCGCCAAGAAGGGGCGCGAGAUCGUCGUGCGGCUGCUCCUCGACCGGGGCGCCCACACCGAGGCGGCGGAUAGGACUCAGGGCCGGACGCCGCUGUUAUGGGCCACCGAGAACGGGCAUGAGGCCAUUGUGCGGCUGCUCCUCGAGCGGGGUGCCCACACCGAGGCGACGGACAAUGACGGCCGGACGCCACUAUUGUCGGCCGCCGCGGGUGGGCACGAGGCCGUCGUACGGCUGCUGCAAGUCCAUAUUUCUCAACCUUCGUCGACUACGUUGCGCUGA